AUGGGGAAAGGAGGUAGUAGUGCGAAGGCAAAUAGGAGUGGAACAAAGCAUACUACCUAUGUGGGUGUGAGAAAGAGAAAGUGGGGGUUGUGGGUGUCAGAAAUCGGAGAGCCGGGGAAGGAGAAGAGGAUAUGGCUGGGCUCAUUCCCCACACAAGAGAUGGCAGCUCGUGCACAUGAUACAGCUGCACUUGCCUUGAGAGGGGAAUCCGCCAAUUUAAAUUUCCCUGACUUAAUUCAUUCGCUUCCUUGCCCUGCAACUUCCUCUGCAAGAGACAUCCAAGCGGCUGCAGUCGAAGCUGCAUACUCUUAUUCUCAACAGCAAGUGAAACGAGAAGCACCACAGCUAUGCUCCAACAGCAAGACCGGUGAUAAUAAUGAAGGUUUUUCUGACUCUGAACCGUUUCCACAGAAUAAGUCUCAAUCCAUUAAUACUGCAGUAACUGUGAAAGAAAACAAUGUAAUGACGGAUUCAUGGCUGGAUUGGCCCAGCUUGCUAAUGAACAUUACAGAUGGAGUGCUGAUCGGAUCUUCUUUCGUCUUUGGUAACCCCGUGACUGGAGAAGAAGAUCGAGAUGAUCAGUUUACAUCUCUUUGGGAUUUCAGUUAG